AUGACUCGGCUGGAUUGCGUGAGGCGACUGAAGGAGUCGCAGCUGGUUAUCAAGCUGAUGGUUAGGUGCAGAGGAGCGCUAAGGCCGGAGGUGGUGAGCGCCGAGAAAAAGAGCUCCCCGGAGAGGAGCAAAGUGCCGCCCGAAUUGCCCUCGGUGCCACCACCCGUGCCGCCGCGGAAGCUGAGGCAAGCCCGAGGCUUGGCCGACGGCGAGGCGAACCCGAGUCCUGUGAAGAAAUCCUGGAGCGGAUCCAGGUCGCAGAGCAGCUCGUCGCAGAGUAGUUCGCAAAAUGGCUCGCCAAGCUCGCAGCCUGCCAAUCAGCUCGACAGCAAGUCGACCUCGUUCGAGAGCUGCGAGUCUUCCCCGAGGAGCAACGGGUCCGUGCUUCAGGAAAGCCCGAAGGCAUCGCCCAAGGAACGAUCGCCGGAACUCGCGAAAUCCAAGCAGGAACCUCCCGAAGCGAUGGUGUACAUGGACGCCAGGUCUCAAUGCGGCUCGACGCACGGAAGCACGUCGGACGACACGGGAAGUUCGAUGUCGACGGUGAUCGACCGAUUCUCAACCACCUCGGACCGAGUGUCCACCAUUUCAACCGUCUCGACUGCCUCCACCGCCUCCGAACAACCGGGCGAACAAUCCUCACGAGUGGAUCAGGACUUCGAUCGAUCCUCGGACCGCGACUCGCAACCGUCCAAAGCGAUCUACUCGUUCGAGAACCUGUCCGACGACUACCAAUCGUCCAACCCGACCCCUGACUAUCUCCUCCGUCGUUUGGCUAGCUCCGAAGCGGUGACCCACGUGGAGUCCCGGGGCGAGGUGGAGAAGAUCACGGCGGUGGUGGCGCCGAACACGGUGCUGAUCGAGGAAACGAUCACGUUUCAGCCGCCGUUGAGCUUCCAGGACGCGCCGUUGAGCUACGGCCACGAGGCCAGGCCCGAUCUCUUCUACACGGCCGACCUCGCCGCCGACUCGACCACGCAUUUCAGGCCAAUUAAGGACGACGUGGAGCUCGUCGAGCGCGUCAACAGCGUCCACUGCGAGGAAUACCAGCCUGCGGCCACCGAGUCUGUUGCGGCGAAGCGCAAGGAAACGAGCAGCAGGACGCCUCCGCCUCUGCCGGCCAGGAACCACGUGAACAGGAUCACGGUCAAUCAACCGAACAGCGACUCGCGUUCCCAGAAACCGUCCGACCAAUCUUCCAACAGCGAGACUGCACCUGUUCUACCGCCCAAGCCGCUGCCCAGAAGGGACGUCAAGAUCAGACGGAAGAGGCCACCCCCGCCACCGCCGCCACCCGCGAUCCUGCCGCGAACCGAGAUGAAACCGUCCUCGUUGCCCGAGUCCAGGCAAACGAGCUUCGAGAAGGAGGAGGACGACCAGCCCGACGUCGCAAACGCUAGCAAACUCGACGAGCUUGCUCGCGUUGUCAGGGCGAAGCUCUGCGAGGACAGGUCGAAGACAGACUCGGAGACGAUGUCGCGAAACCUGGCGGACGAGGUUACAGACACGGACAAGAAGAGAAGAGAGGCCGAGGAGACCGACGACACCGAGUCCAUGGAGAACUACGAUCCUCGGGAGGACGAGGGAUUCAGGACGAACAAGGUGUUGGAGAUCAUCGAGAUACGAAAGGCGAGGGCGUUCUCACCUCGCGGGACGAACUCAACGUCGCGUGACGAGAAGGGCAAAUGCGUUGCGAACGAUAACGCGAGCAAAGCAAAUACUAACCAUCAGGAGCCAGAGCUUAGAGCUUCGGUCAGCUCGGCCUCGACCGAGACGGAGGAUUCUGACGACGAGGGCGAACAGAUCACAAAGUUCAACGAGUCCAUAGACGAACUGGAGGACAAGCAGCAGUCGGUCGGAUGCGAGGGAUUCGACCGAUCGAGAGAGAUCGAUCCGCCCGAAGUUAAGAGCGAAGACACGUCGCUCGGGCGACGAGAGAGCAGCGGCAGCGAGGAUUCUUACCGAUCGUGCAACGAUAUCAGCUGUGCCCAGAGCAACAACGAAAUUACGGACGAGGAAGACACGAGCGAAGAAAGCGACGAAGGGGAUUAUUACUGGCAGAGCAACCUUGCGACCAUUGGCGAAGAGGAGGAGACCAAUUCCCUCGAGUACACGAAUCCGUGAGUCUUCAGCUUCGUUUGCGUUCUCACCCUUUCCCUCUCACUCUUCACGUCAAAUGUUAGUUAUUGGAAGGCAAAGCAUCGAACACGUCAUACCUGUACAAUUCGUAUUUAUUCAUUCCUUUCGAAGAAUUGAAAUUGAAAAUUCACAUUUCGGAUCGAAAGUGUAAUUAUAAUACCACGGGGUUAAGUAUUAUAACUCGAAACUUGUAAGACGUAAAGCGUCGAAAAUAUUAUACAAUUGGUAUUUAUUAAUCCUCUCGAGGAAUUGAAAUUCAAAAUUCACAUUUCGAAUCGAAAGUGUAAUUAUAAUACCACGGGGUUAAGUAUUAUAACUCGAAACUUGUAAGACGUAAAGCGUCGAAAAUAUUAUACAAUUGGUAUUUAUUAAUCCUCUUGAGGAAUUGAAAUUCAAAAUUCAGUAUUAUAAUUCAUACGAUUAUUUAUUAAUCGUCAGUUCGAAGAAUUGAAUUGAAAUUGAAAAUUCGAAACGACAAUUAAAUAAUACCACGGGUAUGGCUCGAUAUUGUAACUGAAAGGAUUAAUCUUGUGAAUCGAAUCAUCCUUUGUUACUGAGAUUGUGUUACUGCGAAUGUGACGAGCGUUUGAAAACUUCGCCGGUUAACUCGUCAUUCCCGGUUGAGGAAUAAUUUACCUGCUAUAACUUACCCCUUUCUAAUGAACUUUCACUAUAAUUAUCAUUGAGCUAGUGUACCACGACGUGACCAUAACAGACUGUUUAUCUUCUUCCCUGGAAGUUAUAUUUUAAAAUGUAUCGUCAAUCCCGCAGGGACCAAAAUGAACUAUAUGUCGAUUAUAUUUCGACACUAAAUUAAAUAUUAGACACUAAAUUAAAUAUUACACACUAUUAUAUUAAAUUAAAUAUUAGUAUUAAAUAUUAGUACAUACUAAUAUACAAAUAUUAGUAUAAAAAUUUAGUACAAAUAGUACAGAUAUAAGUAUUAAAUAUUAGCCCAAAUAUUAGUAUUAAAUAUUAAUACAGACUAAUAUACAAAUAUUAGCAUAAAAAAUUUAGUACAAAUAGUACAGAUAUUAGUAUUAAAUAUUGGUAUAAAUAUUGGUACAGAUAUUAGUAUUAAAUAUUAGUACAGAUAUUAGUAUUAAAUAUUAAUACAGACUAAUAUACAAAUAUUAGUAUAAAAAAUUUAGUAUACAAAUAUUAGUACAGAUAUUAAAUAUUAGUAAGUAUUAAAUAUUAGUAAAGAUAUUAGUAUUGAAUAUUAGUACAAACUAAUAUACAAGUAUUAAAUAUUAGUACAAAUAUUAGCAUUAAAUAUUAGUACAGACUAAUAUACAAAUAUUAGUAUAAAAAAUUUAGUACAAAUAUUAGUACAGAUAUUAGUAUUGAAUAUUAGUACAAACUAAUAUACAAGUAUUAAAUAUUAGUACAGAUAUUAGCAUUAAAUAUUAGUACAGACUAAUAUACAAAUAUUAGUAUUAAAUAUUAGUACAGAUAUUAGCAUUAAAUAUUAAUACAGACUAAUAUACAAAUAUUAGUAUAAAAAAUUUAGUACAAAUAUUAGUACAGAUAUUAGUAUUGAAUAUUAGUACAAACUAAUAUACAAGUAUUAAAUAUUAGUACAGAUAUUAGCAUUAAAUAUUAGUACAGACUAAUAUACAAAAAUAUUAGUAUUAAAUAUUAGUACAGAUAUUAGUAUUAAAUAUUAGUAAAUAUACAAAUAUUAGUAUUAAAUAUUAGCACAGAGUAUAAUAUACGCCACAAUUCAACUAUUUCUCGUUUCACAUUUUGAAACAUUCUGAAAAAAAAAAAAGAAAGAAAAACCGAAGAGAUACGAGCGAACAGCGGGCAACACUUUGUUGUUAGUUGAAAUGCUUACUUCGGAUUCGAACUCCGGAGAUGAAGGUUUUUAGGGUUGUACGAUACAUUUGGCGAUAAACGUGUCGUUCAACUUUGCGAAACCAGUUCCUGCGAAAGAGGGAAUAAAACGAAACCAUCCGUACACAAUGAUCGGUCGCCAGACACUUCUCGAUCUGCUACCUGAUUCUACUCCAAAACUGGUGACUCGCAUCGACCCAUCGAUGUGUACCAUCUGACAGAUUCUACCGGGAUAGCUUUUUUAUCCACACUGCGAUAGUGCCUGCGUGGCAAGCAGUCUAAACUGCAAAAUAAGGCGCGAGUUCGCAGUACAUUAAUUCACACAACUGCGGAUCUUUGUCUUUAAUUGCGAGCAAAUUACGUUUCCAUCCUGCUCGUCGUACCUGCGAUUUAUACUUGCAAAACGCCUUCAACACUCGUGUUUAUUUAUAGCGCGUUCGAGUCACGCCUUCCUCGAUGCAUAAUUGAGUCAUCGGGUCGUCUCGUAUAAUUUUGCGUUGGUCAUUUCACCGACAAAGUCCGACACGGAGUUAGAGCAAUUGUGUUUAACGAUUGGCUCGUCGACACUCGGGUUGUUCAAAAUCAUUGAUUAAUUAAAAAGAGAGACAGAGUAUGUGUAGCUCACUCUGGCGUUGGAUCUAUCUUUAACUUGUAAUUAAUUUAAUCGGGAAACUCAUCGGGACGAACAGUGAUAAUAGAAGUUUCCAGGUGGCAUCAACGAUCGACUCAGUAAUAUCAAAAUCGAUUGAUCCCGCAGCGAGGCGAAUUUAUUUUAUUAAUUUUGUGAAAAUGGAACACCAUGGGGAAAUUUCGGUCGCCAAACGGCGGCGAAAAGUUAUUCGGCGUUAUUACAACCCCCUUUACCUAAUCCACUGACACUUUGAAUAUGAAGCUUUAUUAAGAAGAGUGAAUUGUCUCUGUUGUGCAACAGGAACAACGAAGAAUUAAACGACAGCGAGGCGAGCGUCGCGGGGAAAGCAGAGCGAGAGGAAUCGCCAGGCUCGAUGGGAGACAAGUUCGAUGCAAAUGGUAAGUGCGAAUAAAGUGACGUCUUCAUUAUCCUCUUCAUUAGGCUGUUCCUAGUUGGCAAGAGUCCCUCGCCCGGCAAAUCAAAAGCCGCCGGUUCGAGGUCAGUGGCGCAAACAAUCGGUUCUAUUAAAAUAUUCGCUCGACUCAGUCGAUUAAAAUCCAUCCAGCCGCGCAGAGAAAUGUUAGCGCCACUCGCGAAUUCCCCUUAAUUGGCCAGUUUCUUGCCUCGACUCUUGCUCUUGCCUUCUAUCAGAUGCUAUUCGUUUAACCAACUUUGUCACUAGUACUACCGAGGUGGUCGAAAUUUUUGUCAGGUAUCUACACGCACAGAUAUUUAGAUGAUAAUUUUUAAUUAAAUAUUUAGGUAUUAUAGACGUAUUAAAGAAU